AUUAUGCGUGAGAUUAUAAAGGCGAGUGCUGAGCGGCGGCGCGCGCUGUAGACAGACAGCAAGACAUCUGGCCACUUCCCGAGUCACUUCUAUAGUCCUGCGGGCGCCAGCCGGGCCGAGCCCCGCCCGCCGCCAGCCCAGCCCCGCGUGCGGACCGGAGGCGGUCGCGCUCGGCCUCCUCGCCCGCCACCCGCCGAGCCAGGCCGGAGCCACACGCGCUUGUCGGUCCCGCGGCUACCCUCUCAAGUCGCAGGCGUCCAGCCCACCCUGCCGUCCGCGAUGUUUUAUUUCCACUGCCCGCCACAGCUAGAGGGCACUGCACCCUUCGGCAACCACUCUUCAGGGGAUUUCGAUGAUGGGUUUCUGCGUAGAAAACAGCGCCGGAACCGGACGACGUUCACUCUUCAGCAGCUGGAAGCUCUUGAGGCCGUUUUUGCCCAAACGCACUACCCAGAUGUCUUCACCAGAGAAGAGCUGGCCAUGAAAAUAAACCUCACAGAAGCCAGAGUGCAGGUUUGGUUCCAGAACCGAAGGGCUAAAUGGAGGAAAACGGAGAGAGGGGCCUCUGAGCAGGAGCCGGGAGCCAAGGAGCCCAUAGCAGAGGUGACGCCACCUCCCGUGAGAAAUAUCAACUCCCCGCCCCCCGGGGACCAGGCCCGGAGCAAGAAGGAGGCGCUGGAGGCCCAGCAGAGCCUUGGGCGAACCGUGGGGCCCACGGGACCUUUCUUCCCCUCCUGCUUGCCGGGGACCCUCCUGAACACGGCCACAUAUGCCCAGGCCUUGUCCCACGUGGCCUCCCUGAAAGGGGGCCCGCUGUGCUCUUGCUGUGUCCCAGACCCCAUGGGGCUCUCCUUCCUGCCCACCUACGGCUGCCAGAGUAACCGCACAGCCAGUGUGGCUGCCCUACGCAUGAAGGCCCGCGAGCACUCGGAAGCCGUCCUGCAGUCGGCCAACCUCCUGCCGUCCGCCAGCAGCAGCCCCGGCCCCGCCACCAAGCCGGCGCCCCCGGAGGGCAGCCAGGACAAGACCUCUCCCAGCAAGGAACAGAGCGAGGGAGAGAAGAGUGUAUGA